AUACGAGAGCAUUCACCGUCAUAAAUCAAUCUGAGAGAGAAACUCAAUGGAAGUAAGAGUCAAGUCUGGUUUAAAUUGACGUAAGAAUCACGUCUAAUUAAAUUGACGUAAGAUUCUGAUGUCUUCAUGUUUUGUCUCUAAUAGUAGCUAAAUAUGGAUCUUGACGUCUUGUUCGGAAUAUAGACUGUGAGCCACACAAUAAGAAAUUUCACUACUGAAGAGUCAAGCAACGUAAACUGCGCUCUUAUCAUCGUUAUACUUUACGCUAUAUAUAUAUAUAUAUAUAGUUGGUUGGCUGCAAAACCAAAUCAUACAUACCAAAGCUUCUUCUUCAAUAUCUUUGUUUUCUUUCAAAGUCAUUAUUUUUCCAAAAUGGUGAAACCAUGUUUCCAUGUUUCUUCCAUCCCCUCUUUCUUAUCUGGUCUCUUUGUCUCCAGCUUCUUUGUCAACAGUCUUGUUUCCCUUCCAUUUCCUCGUCCGGACCAAAUUGAGCUCCUUAUGGCGUUUAAGAACGAGUUUCCAAUCCUCAAAUGCGACUUCAAAGAGUUGCCUAACUCGGAACAAAAGACAAAAUAUUGGACCAGCAAAGACGUUAAGUCCUUUGAUGGGGUUGUAUUUGAUAACGAGACUGGUGUAGUGACGAAACUAGACCUAGGUGGUGCAUGUCUCAGUGGCAGUCUCAGUGCUAAUAGUAGCCUUUUCAGAUUACACCACCUCAGGUACCUCGAUCUCUCUUUAAACUACUUUGAAUCCUUCUCAUUCCUCCCAGAACUUGGCAAUCUCACAAACUUAGAGGUCUUGCGUCUUUCUUAUAUGAGAUUAGCCGGUGAAAUUCCAUCCUCAUUCAGUAGCCUAAACCGUCUAACGGAGUUGCGCCUUGCCGGUAACAAGCUUAUUGGCAGUUUUUCCCCUCUUUUCAAUCUAUCAAAGCUCUCUUCUUUAAAUCUUGAUGAUAAUCUCUUUUCUGGAGAGGUUCCUUGUUCUCUACUCACCAUGCCUUUCCUUUCAAGUCUUCAUUUGAGCCAAAACCAUCUCAUCGACUCUCUUGAAACAAUGAAUUGCUCUUCAUCAUCUAAGCUUGAAGAAUUAUACCUUAGCUAUAACCGUCUCAGUGGUCGAAUCCUAGAGCCUCUCUCAAAAUUAACCAACCUCAAGUUCCUCGACCUAUCUUUUCAAAACACAACCGACCCAAUCAACUGCGUCUCCAUGGGUUUCAAGUCUUUAGAGAUCCUGGUUCUUACCGGGACUUCUAUCUCAAAGCUUAAUACCGGUUCCCCAAAUUUGGACAUGCUAUAUUUGGAUAACUGCAGCAUCAACGAGUUCCCCACAUUUAUUAAAAACCUAAAGAAGCUGGGAACUUUGCGCAUUGCAAACAAUAGACUCAAAGGAAAAGUGCCUAAAUGGUUAUUGGCUUUGCCUUCUUUGAGGGGAUUGUUUCUGUCUCACAACUCCCUGGAUGGCGUUGAAGGCUCUCCAAAAAUGCUUCUUAAUUCGUCUCUUGCAGUCUUAGAUUUGAGGUCUAACGCUUUUAAAGGAUCUCUUCCUCUUAUUUCACCGGGAUUGUGCGUCGUGCUUGCCUCAAAUAAUAGUUUCACAGGAGACAUUCCUCUUUCAUUGUGCAAUCAAAGCUACAUACCUAUCCUUGAUCUGUCGCACAACAAUUUCAGUGGUUCAAUUCCCCGUUGCUUGUUUACAAUGGUAAAAGAUAUGGAUCUCCGAAACAACAAUCUCACUGGGACACUUCCCGAGAUAUUUGACAAAACUUGCUCAAUGACAACACUUGACUUUAGCCAUAAUCAAAUAACUGGGAAGCUUCCAAGGUCGCUUACAAAUUGCGUAGACCUAAAGGUUCUAAACAUGGAGGGCAACAGAAUCGCUGACACCUUUCCGUUUUGGCUGAAGGAUCUACCGAACCUAAAAGUCAUGGUCCUACGAUCAAACAAGUUCCAUGGUCCAAUCUAUUCUCCUCAACAUCCUCUAUCCUUUCCACAUCUGCAGAUUGUUGACAUAUCCCGUAAUAAAUUCACCGGAAGACUACCACAUGAUUACUUUGUCAAUUGGAGUACAACUUUGAUUACUACUCCUCAAGAGGAAACAGAGCUAUAUUACAUGGGAGAGGGUACCAUGUAUGAUUAUUACCCUUCCAUGUAUUUGAGAAACAAAGGAAUAAACAUGGAGCUGGAAAAGAUCCUUGAUACCUACACAGCCAUUGACUUCUCUGAAAACAAACUUGGAGGACAGAUUCCAGAAUCUAUAAGUCUUUUGAAGUCGCUUAUUGUGCUCGACCUAUCCAGCAAUGAUUUCAGUGGUCAUAUUCCAUCUUCUUGGGCUAAUCUCACGAACCUCGAGUCACUAGACCUAUCUCGGAACCAACUCUCUGGAAAAAUCCCGCAGGAGCUAGCAACCCUCUCGUUCUUGGAGUAAAUCAACGUUUCGCAUAACAAACUCACGGGCCAGAUACCACAGGGCACACAGUUUGGUGGACAGCCCAAAUCAUCUUUUGAAGGGAAUCUCAAUCUUUGUGGUCUUCCUCUUCAGGAGAGUUGCUUCGGCGACAAGGCACCAUCAGCACCAGAGGCACAAGAGCCUGAACCUCCAAACCAAGAGCAAGUGUUGAACUGGAAAGCAGCGGCAAUGGGAUACGGCCCUGGAGUCUUGUUCGGACUGGCGAUUGGACAAGUCCUUUAUUCGUACAAACCGGUGUUGUUCUACAAGUUGUUUCGCCUUUGAAGUGGAGUUUAUGCAUUCGGUGUUGUUGAAAUAAGUGGUAAGGUUUUUGUAACUCUUCCGACUUUGAUAUGUAUGUGUGUUGAG